UAAAAAUGGUAAAUCAAACCAACUCCAGCCUUCCUCUAUCACUCCAGAAAAAAUCAACUGAGGUUGUUAUACCGUCAAAACACACUCCUUCUGGAAAUCUUUCCCUUUCUAGUUUAGACAACAACCCUCUCAACGAAGCCAGGCACGCACUUGUUUACGUUUUUGAAGCAAAUGAGAAGAACCAAAAUGAUCCGGUGUCUUUGCUUAGGAAGGCUUUGUCCGAACUUCUUGUGUACUAUUAUCCACUUUCAGGCAGGCUAGUGACACUAAAAAGUGAUCGAAAGUUUGAGCUGGUUUGUAAUGGAGAGGGAGUCCCAUUUACGGUCGCUACCGCAGCUCCUGACCUCCGCUCUCUAAACUAUAUACAAGACUUUGUUGAUGAAUUUGCAUUGCAUCUUGUGCCUGAGAUCGAGUUUAACUAUGAAAGUGAGAUCGGUUAUCCUCCUCUCGCUAUGCAGGUGACCAAGUUUCCUUGCGGUGGAUUCACCAUUGGCACAUCAUCGUUACACGCGGUGUGCGAUGGAGCCGGUGUGGCUAGGUUUAUUCACUCUCUAGCCGAGUUGGCCGGUGGAAAGAGCGAGCCAUCGGUAGUGCCAGUAUGGCAGAGAGAGCGGCUAGUAAUGAACAUAGACAAUGAACCGGCUAGAGUUCCUGCGGGUGCCGGUGCUAGAUCAAGUCUUUUGGCCACUUCACCGUAUAUGCCAAGUAGUGAUUUGGUUACGGAGAUAAUAAGCAUUAAGGCUGGGAAUAUAAGAAUGCUUAAAGCUGCUUUGGUUAGGGAAUGUGAAUUCCAGAAGGAGAAUUAUACUACUUACGAAAUUCUUAGUGCGUGCUUAUGGAAAUCAAGAUCUCGAGCACUAAACCUAGAUCUUGACAAGAUAACUGUUCUUGGCAUAAUUGUGGGAAUCGGACACGUUCUUGAUCCGCCACUGUCCGAGGGUUACUACGGAAACUCAAUCAUAGACGUGUACAUCGAGUUAACCACAAGAGAGCUCCAUGAAGCAUCAAUUUCUGACAUUGUAAAACUCGUGAAGAGAGCCAAGAAAAAAGCUUAUGACAGGAGGUAUGUCGAGGAGGUGCUAAGAAACACCGAAAGAAUGAUUAAGGAGGAUGUGAAAUUCGGCGACGUGAUCGAUGGAUCAUUGUUCAUGACCGAUAUGAGAAAUGUUGGGGUUUUUGGAUCGAUGGAUUUUGGUUGGAACGAGCCUGUCAAUCUGAGGGGUCUGAUGUUUGAAGAAAGCGCCAAAAACAUGGGGAUGAUCUUGAGACCAUCCAAGCUAGAUCCAGCAAUGGAAGGUGGGGUUAGAGUGGUAAUGACAUUUCCGAGAGAUGCAAUGGUUAAGUUCAAGCAAGAAAUGGAUGAUAUGAUGCAUCUUCGUUCUCGCUUUUGAUCUUGUCCCUUGUAUAUAGAC